GCUGGCAACAUCCGCUUGAUUCUCAUGCCGAAAGAAGGGGGAAUGAAAUAGGUUCGUUGUAUUUUGAAUCUAAUUUGUCAUUUGGAAAAAAAUUUAGAUUUCAAUAAGAGCCUCGUAACUACCUCUUUUCCAUAUUUGGAGGGGAAGUAGUUAUGAAGUGAAAUGUUUCACUCCCAGGAAACAGUGCAUGCUCCCCCAACUUCUUAUAUUAGUUUCUGUUUGAAUUUAGCGAGAGCAAGUUUUCUUCAAACUAUAAAUAUGAAGUAAGUUGGAAAGCAGUAAUUUGAAACUACCGCAUGUUAGUCUUUCUAGCAAUCACAUGUAACAACAACUCUCCCUUAAUGCCUGAUAACAACGCUGUUGUUGGGGGACAAAUCGGUAGUGCACAUUAUAUAAUAUCUUGCCAGGCACGUAAGGAUAAACUUUGACAUAACAUAGGAAGAGUGUGAUGCUGGAUGUUAUUUUUUUUGCUAAAUUAGCACAAUACCAAGGCUUUCAUUGAAAAACUACAUGACAAACAAGCCUUUGGGUGCAGAGAAUGAGAGAGUUUUCUUCUCUGAAACUUUUGAAUGUAUUUAUCACUGUUUACAUUAACAGCUUGGUGAAAAUUGGGUUACGCAUUUAUUUUUGACAGUGUUGUACUAAAUUGCAUUUUGUAAUGAUGUGUUUUACCAGUAUGAAGGAGAUGUGUAUAAAUUGCUGUGUAAUGUACAAUGAUACUAACAGGUUAGACCUACUGACAUUACCAAAUAGUAUAAUAUAUUGAGAUGGAUGUCUGCAUGUCUUCUUGUGAUGUCAUUAUAAAGAUCACUAGAACACACAGAAUUGCUCAUUGUAGGCCUACUCAAUAAAAACAGCUCUUAAUUAAAGCAAACAUAUAUUUGCUAUACUCUUAAUUUUAUAUGACCUUAUAAAAAUUUAUAAACCUUAAAAUUUCGUUGUAAUUUGUCGUAAAGCUUAUAUGAGAAGUAUGAGAAUUAUUUAAAUGAUAAAUGGUUGCCUUGCUGGUUUUCCUGGCAUUCCAGGAGCCAUAAAUGGUACAUUCUAAAACUGUCUCCAUGCAUAGUCUGAUUAUUACCUACUACUCAGUAAUAGGCAUGUAUUUAGCCAGAGUUUGUAAUAAGGCCAUCUCAUUUCCAAUUUUCUCCUAUUUUCCCUAUCUCUUCCAUGUUAAAAGACACUAAGACACUCGCUCAACCUAUGAUAGUUGGUAAUAGUAGGUUGCAUAAAAAAACUUCUUGGACAAGAAUUAGUGCAGAAGCCUAUUGAAAAUACAUUCUUACAGAAAAAAAAUUAUGCCCCUGUGAUUAAUGUAUUUUUUCAAUUUUUUCACAUUUUGGUGUUAGCACUGUAUCUACAGAACUGUUUCACAUAAAGCUUUAUAGCUUAGGGUGCUUAUAAUUUGUUUCCAUCCUGCAGGUGAUUAUGGGUUUCUUCUGCGUGAUCAUGUGUUUCCUCUGGGCACUACCUGGUUUCCUUCCAUCAUAAUGCGAGCGGCCAUUGUAUAAGUGAAAUAUCCUUGACUACAGUGUGAAACAACAGUCAAAUAGAUAUAAUAUAAUAUGUACCUGUUAUUAGCCUUUGCAGAGUGCUGUUGAAGGUGGAUCACAACGUUACAGUUGAGACCUGUUUGCUUCAAGAACACACCAGCACGUGAAAGUGAAAACUCAGGAGAAAACAAUGGACACAAAUUAAUUAAAUUUUAAUAUGAUAGAGCGUCGAUAAAAUUACAAUCAUCUGAAUUGAGACACGAUCGCUACAUUAUAUUUUGAUUUCUUUGUGGUUUGAAGUGUGUGAACAUGUGUAAGACAAAGUAAAUAUUCUCACUUUCAUCAUUGUGCAGGAGGGGAGACAACUCUCAACAAGUCGAAAAUGGGUAAAGUAAUGUAGGAUGGUUUAUGAAAUGCACUGUAUAUCCAUGUUGAUAUUUUUUUGUUCUUUCUGCAUGGACAACAAUACAAUUUACCCCUUCAAUCAAAACAUGGCCAUUUGCCAUAUUUAAAAGGAUACAGGUGGAAAAAAUGCUCCCCUGAAGUUACUUAUAUAAUUGUGUUGAAGGAGAUGAACCGUGCUGAUUUUCCAUAAAAGCCUUUACACCAUGAGAAGCUCACUGGAGGAUGUUGUACGCUUCUUGCAUAUGCUGUGCAAAGAAAAACCAGGAUGUCCUGUCGAAGAACUGAAGAAGUUGGCUGUUCUAAAGCAGCUAUCCAGACCAUUGGAUUGUACUCUGGCUUUAUUGGAAUCUUUCAGUUCCUCGCUAAAAAAGCUAUCUGAGUGGGACAAUGAAAAUAAAACACAUUUCAUCGCUGUUCUUCUUGAACAUGGACUUCUUGACGUUCUCUCAGCAGUAUUUGAAGAAGCCACGGAGAAUCAGAACCAAGGUGCUGACCCUGCCAAGAGCUUGUGUAUAAUGGAUGCAAUAUGUGCCAUAUCAGCAACAACUGCAAAUGCUAAAACAACAUUAGUGAAGAAGUAUGGCCUUAAAUUCCUCCAUGAGAUCCUCAGAAGCAAGAGUGAGCUAUAUACAUUAGAGGCAAUGAAAAGAGUGAAUUUACUGAUGGAACGCUGCUCUUUAAGUGUCCAAGAUACUUUGCUCCAAGAUGCUGAGAUAGUGAAUGCCUUGCAGGCAGUGUCAGGAUUGGUCUUUAUUGCAGGAGAUUAUGAAAUACAAGUUGGUGUGUUGGAGUGCCUAUUCCGUUUUAUCCCUAGCCAACAGAGGAAGAGAUUUUCUUCCAAAUUCUUUUCUGACACUUCAACAGCAAGGCAUUUUCUUGAUAUAAAAGUAUCUGAUUUUGAAACAGAUUGUAGACAAUUCCUUAAUCAACUGAACUCCCAGCUAGGGUCAUCAUAUCCAAGGGUAAUUUCCUUAUCCUGUUUAACAGCGUGCUUAGGAUUGCAAGAGCUAAAAAAGCCAGAGGACCCAAACAAUGCAGAAUUUUGGGUGGACUUCAAUACAGGAUCAUCCAGGAUAACCCUUUUUUGCGAACAGGAGUUAUGUGAUAGUCAGGGAGAGGAGACAUUGUGGGAGAUUGUAUCUCUUUGCAAAAGUCAAGUUCAUUCUUAUAUUCUGGAAGUGGAAAAGAACCUUCUUGUAUUAACUGUCUCUCUGAAGACAUCCUUGGAGAAGUGUGUGCCAUUUGUGUGCGCUGGUCAGACAGAGAAAUAUGCCACUCUUUCAUUUGAUCUAAAAUUUGCCACUGCCGUGACAGAGGCCUUAGUUGGUUGUUUUGGUGAAGAACUGAAUUGGACAAAAUUUAAGAGGAACCCAGACAAAGUAUCCACAGCUGUUACUCCUUUUGCUCUAAAUAUACGAUCACAGACCCAUGAAUUGCAAAUCAGGGAGGAUGUGAUAAUGAGCAGUCUGCAAUCUGACUAUCAAAAACCAGAAACAGAUCAUGUAGCAUCCACCAACAAUGCCAGCAGUACACCCAAGGUAUCUGAGGACAGUUCAGAGAAGCAUAAAGCACCUAAGCAAAAACAGAAAAUUUCUGUUCCUGUUCUUGCUAUGACAACACCAGCUAGGUUAACAUAUUCUGAAAUACAAAAUAAAUCUGUGUACCAAGAGACCUCGGCUUUAGAAAUUGCUUAUGACUGUGAAAACAACACUUGUCAGAGGGAUGGCACUUCAUCAAAACAUGGACCAAAAUCAGCAGAAUCUCAUAGGUCAGCCCAUCUGGCUAGUGAGGGAAAAAUAUAUAAAAGUACCGGUAGUGGAAAAUCAAAAGACUCCGCUACUUGUCCGAGCAAUGAGAGUCCCUCAGAAUCUGUACCAAAGCCACAAGGAUCUCCUAGAUUAUCCUUCCCAAAUGGUGAUGGCAAAGAUGAUGCAAAAACCACCAUAAAAGAAACAGGAAAAAGCUCUGGUUGGAGAAGCAAAAACCUUUUAAAAUGUGAACCAAAAUCAGCUGUACAUAAAGAUCAAAGAUCGCUAAAGCCAGAUGAAGAUACAUGUACCGGUAGUAAGACUGAUGCUUGCAGUGGUAAAACAAAAGACUCGGCUAGUUGUCCUGCAAAGUGUGGAGCAAAAGCGAAGUCUCCAAAUUUGUCCUGCACAGGUGGUGAUCGCAGAGGUGAUUCGAAAAGUACCAAAGCAAAUGGAGCUUCAACACCUAGAACUCCAAUUGAAAAGCGCACUCGUUCUUCAAGAGGAAAAGUGAAGACUCCACUUCUUUUCCAAGUAACACCAAAGAGGACAGUUCGGAGUAAGUCAUCAGAAUUGUCAGCAAAGUCUGCUUUGGAAUUAGGCGUCAGUGCUGUAAGUGGGCAUAAGAAGAACACUGGGGAUACAGUUUUUAACCGUGAUGUAAAAGUAAUUACAAAUAAAAACAACAAGUCUGCUGAAUCCUCUUUAGUGAAGGAAGUUGAGGGAAAACUUGAUGACAAGGCUCGUCACAAAAAGAACUCUUCUGAAAUGUCAAAACCCUCUGCAGUUGCCGACGAAACAACUCUUAUGGUAAAUGUUGAAAGCACGUCUAAAGUAGACCCUUCAUUGGCAAAAGUGAAAAGAAAAAAAGAGAAGGUGGACCAUGCGAAAAGGACAAACAAAGUCACUGUAACCACUGACACUGAAGUGAAAGUAGGCUUGAAGACAAGACUUGGAAACACUUCUGCCAAAACAUCCUGCCCCACUGAAAAUAAUGUAAAGACGAAUAAGAAGACCAAUUGCAAAAGGUUUUCUGAGGCCAAUAUGAGCUCAGACAAGAAGUCAGAAAAUAACCAAGAUGAAGAGAGGUACCCAGAUAUGCCAGAUGUAAUACCAGAUUCUCUUCCUGACAACCCAGAGUGUUUCAAGACAAGUAUGCAUGACUUUGGCGAGUCUCUGAAUGACUUAGCUACUUGUGAGAAGAAAUCAUUGGCUGUUAGUGUUUGUGCAGAAAAGGUAGCAACAAAGUUUGGUACUGGUUUUUCAAGGCAAGGUUGUAAAGUUGGCUAUGACAGCACUAUUAAUGGCCCAUCUAUUGGCAGUGGAAGACAAUCUAUAGAAAAGAAUGUUGGAGAAACAUCUGUUGAAUCUUCCAUUGAAUGCUCAGUUACUGUUCCAAAUAGAAGAACAUCAUGUCUUACCAAAUCUAGAAAUGAAAAAGGUGGAAAGCCCAGCAAAGAGAACAUGACAGUUGACCCAUAUGACUUCAAUUGUGAAACUCAGAGCAGCGCCAGUUCAAAAUACAAAUCUGAAGCAAGUUACAAACCUAAUAGAAUAUUCAAAUAUAGAAACAAGAGAGCAGUAGUGGAGACAAAACCUGAAAUCACAUCAAGAUCAAAGAAAACUAAAAGUACAGCAAAAGGAAUAUUUAAAAAUGUCCCUAAAGCAAAGAAAUCCCAGAAAAGUUUGCCACAUCAAGGAUCAAUUUCAAGAAAUGGUACUCCUUUCCAGUUGCUUCAGAAGAUGGAAGAAAGAGUAGAUCAAGCUACUGUAGACCAGAUAGAGACAUCCCCUGUUUUGGAUAAUGAUCUGGAGCCAUUAACUUCAAAAGCUGACGACACAGAUUAUAAUGAGGUUCCAGAUGGAACUAAAGAAUUGUUUCAAACAAUCCAAGACAGAUUACAUAAAGAUUUAGAUUUAGAUCUAGAUCUGGCCUUAUCGUCUACAAGAACUGAGGAAGUAAACAAAACCAAGGAAGUCAGGGUGUCCAGAAGGAGAAAAUGUAAAGCCUACGUCACAAAUUACAAAGAGACUUCAGAAAGUGAAGAUGAAAACCCACAAAAAGAUGAAAACCCUGAUGUUUCCCCUACAACACUUUGCAGUUUUCAAAGUGAUGGUGAUGCAAGGACUGAUAUCAGCUGGUUGCAGUCCCAGUCGAUGAAGCCUCCUUCUAAAACCUAUUUGAAAAAACCUGGCUUUGACUUCACGUCCUUGUCAAAGUGUUCAUACCAAACCAUUGACAUCUACACUGAUGACUUCAGAUAUGACUAUGAUGAGGUCCUAUCCCAUUGUAUCUCCCCAGUAAAAUUACCGAUCAUAUGCCAAAAAGAAUCAGUGACAGCUGAAAAUUCAGAUGAAAAAGCACCUUCCCAAUCCCCUAAUGAAAAGACAAUAGGAGAUGGCGGUAAUGAGGUGAAAAAUCGUGGUUUAGAGACACUGUGUGUCUGUGAUUUGUGGAAAGCCUAUGGUGAUAACCCAUCACUGUCCCUAAAUGUCCAGAAUGAGGAUACUGAUACGGACCAGAGGGAUCUUGAUGCUGUAACACCAGCUAUGUCUGAUUUGUGGAAUGAAUAUGAAGUUAACCCUGCAUUUUCCCAGGAUGUCCAGGCCUUGACAGCAAUUACUUCUCCAUUAACUGUUCUAUCUGAUAGUGGGGAACAACAAUUUCCUAACUGUUUUUCUGCAUAUUCAUCAGCAACCAGACUGCCGAAAUCAGAAUUGAAACGGAAAUAUGGAGAAACUUGUGAAGAAGAUAAUGAAGAUAAUUUCGAGGCAGCAGAAUGCGUGGAAGAAGAACUGCGUAUUUUAAAUCCACCCCUAAUUCCUCGCCGAAAACUCUUUAAAUAUGAAAACACAGAAGACCAUAAUACUAAGAGAAUGGACAAUUCUGAAGUUUCAGUCAGUGCAGGCUAUUGUUCAUCUGAAGAAUGUAUAAACCAGUUCAACAUUACUGACCAACCGUUGCAGAUCAGGGCUUUCAUGCAAGCAUUUGGUAUUGACCUUGAAAAACAGAUGAAGGAAAAGUGCAGAGGACAUGAUUCUUUGGUUAAAGAUGCAACAAAAAGCGCACAGAAUGCAUUGGAUUCUGUGUGGGAAGAGCUCUUCGAGAAUAGAUCACAGUUAAGGAAUAACCUUCAACAAAACCUGCUUAAUGAACUGAAUGAGCUGCAGAAAGACAUUGAUCACCUCAAGGAAGAAGAGGAUAUGACAGCGAACUUCUACAAAAGGCAGGUGGAUGAAUUACAAAGAUUCAGAGAAUCUCAAGAACUACGGCUGAGAAACUUAAAAUGCCUACACCUGUUAUAUGAACAGGGUAUUGGGAAGAAUGUCUCCAAAGAGAAACGUUGUCAGAUCUCCGCAAGAAAAAGCCUGGAGAAAGAGCUAGUUACUCUUCACAAAAAAAUUUGGCAAGAUUUUCAACAUCAGGAGAUAGGAAAAUUGAGACACACUUUAAAAAACAUCCUUUAAGAAGGACAAACAGAUCCAGGCUGUCCCCAUCCCUCCAUCUUCAUUGAAAUCAGUUUCAGUUCUCAUAGCACUUUGUUUUUACUAUUUUUGUCAUCAGUGAUGUCACAUAAAGCAGACUUUAAACUUAUAUAUGUACUUAUGGUAUAUACCUGUAGUUGGUGUGUAUUUUUACUUUGCAUGUUUGUAAAUGUUUGUUUCCCUUUUUUUGUUGUGGGUGGGUGGGAGUAGUGGCUGAUAUGAAUCGAUUAUGAGAGUUUCUCUGAUUAGGUCUCAGUUCAUGUUGAAUAGCUUUUACCUCCAUUUUUUACCAUAUUCCUCUCUGUUGUGCAAAAUUGCAAAGAAAUUUCUAUCAAGUAAACGUGUAUAAACUUUAACAUGUCAGCAGUAAUCUAAUGCAGUGACAUGUAUCAUAGUAUCAGCAACACUUUUUGAGUAUAGUUCUAGCCAAGGAACUGUUAGGAAUGGAAAUGCACGCACAUAAAGAUGUUUGACCUGUCUGAUACACAAGCUAUUUUGGGUUGUAUGAAGUGUGUUACACAUAGUGUAGGAUGAAGAUUUCAAUUGUGUGAAACUUCCUGUGAUUACUUUGCAUCUCUCUCCAACUUUGAGGUCUAGACUUUCAUGUGUGAUUACCUGCCUGGACUUGCCUCCUGUGUGUCAGAAAACGACACCACAAUUCCACCAUUAUUAAACUUUAUUUUUAUUUUUCAUUUGUCAGAUUGUGUGUGCAAAUGCCUGGCAUAUCACCUUCUUGUUUGCAAUGUCUUUCCGACGUAACCAUUUAUAAACAUUUUCUGCGUUAUAUAAGAGCUUUGAUAUAUCAGAGUGAUCUCGCUUAUAUUUAUGAUUUUUAUGAUAUUGAUUUGCAUUGCUUUGUUUGAUUUUCUAUUUAUAAAAAGAACUACUACAUCUACCGGUGUCUUAAUGUAUUGCUUCAGAAUAUCUCAAACUAGACAGGUCAGAUUGAUCUCCAGUUUUCUGUGAUUGGUUGGCUGGCUAGCAGUGAAAUAUAAACAUUGUUAGCCGUUAAAAUGUUUUGACUGAAUUUCAUCGUUGAUGUGUAAGUCCUCAGUACAAGAAAUUGACGUUAUUCUGCUUGGCUUAUUGAACUUCUUCAGCCCAUAAAGUUUAAGGUAAAGUGGAAAAGGAUUUCUAGCUAUUUACUAUAAAGUACAGAAGUCACUUAUAAAAUUGUACAAAGAAUAAAUUUCACUGGCAUGUGUACAGUUGAAGUGUUGAUUAAGUUGGUAGAACAUAUUGUUAAAAUUUUUCAUUUAUUGCCUUGUCUAUAUAUAUAUGUGAAUGAUCCCAUCACAUGAUAAUUGGGCUGAAGGUCCUCAGCCCUUCGAAACUUAAUAAUAAUCUUGAAUGUUAACAGAAUGUUUGAAACAAAGCAUGGUACAGUGCGGUAUAUCUGAAAGUCUUGCAGCUUUAUGUGUACUAAGAUUUUAAAACGUUUUAAAUGAAGGGAAGGAAAUGCACUCAAGUGAAGCUCUACACCAGUCUUUCUGUAAUUCACACUUUGUAAAGACUGAUCCAACAUUUGCAUUCAUGACUUUUUUUUGGGAUCGACUUUGUUGUGUAUUUACAUUUGUUCACCGAACAUGUGGUGUUGUUUUUCACCAAUGAACAUGAUCAGUGUGUGCGGCUUUCAGGAAAGAGCACUAUUGUUGAAACUCGUUUGGCUUGUUGAUUAAGACAUGUUAUUUUGUUAAUUUGCCACAACUGUGAUAAAGCUUUUUAAUAUGAAAUGUUAAUGUAUUACAUAACCUUUUAAAAAAUAUGUAGAUUUAGUUAAAAUAUACUUAUUCAAUUCUUGAA